AGUUCAGCACUAGGGUUUCAUUUGCUUUAUUUUGAUCUGCAUGUUUUUCCUAUUUUUUGUCCAGGUAUUUGAUAAUUGUUUCAAGGAUCAACUGAAAAAUAAGACCAGGGUGCUUGUUACCAACCAACUACAUUUUCUGAGAAAUGUGGACAGGAUUAUCCUGCUUCAUGAAGGCAUGGUGAAAGAGGAGGGUACCUAUGAAGAACUUAGUAGCAAUGGAGUACUCUUUCAACAAUUAAUGGAAAAUGCUGGGACAAUGGAGGAACCGACAGAAGAGAAACAAGGUGAAGACCUUGGUCAAGAGACUUUAAAAUAUGCUGAAUAUGGCAAGGUCAUAAAGAAAGAGAAUGGCUUGUUGAAGAGUGAGAAAAAAUCAAAACUAAAAGAAGGAAAGUCUGUUCUUAUCAAACACGAGGAACGUGAAACAGGUGUUGUCAGCUUGAAGGUACUUGCAAGAUACAAAAAUGCAUUGGGCGGACUCUGGGUGGUUAUCAUACUCUUUUCUUGCUAUACCUUGACUGAAGUUCUCCGGGUUUCAAGUAGCACAUGGUUGAGUGUUUGGACGGAUCAAAGCUCCCUGAAGAGCCACGGACCUGGUUUUUAUGUUCUGAUAUAUGCACUUAUAUCUUUUGGGCAGGUACUGGUGACGCUAACAAACUCUUACUGGUUGAUCAUCUCAAGUCUCUAUGCUGCCAAGAGGCUACAUAAUGACAUGCUUCACUCUAUAUUAAGAGCUCCAAUGGUUUUCUUUCACACCAAUCCACUUGGACGGAUCAUCAAUAGGUUUGCAAAAGAUUUAGGUGAUAUCGAUCGCAAUGUUGCUGUCUAUGUAAAUAUGUUUAUGGGACAGUUCUCGCAGCUCUGUUCAACAUUUGUUCUCAUAGGCAUUGUGAGCUCCUUAUCUCUCUGGGCCAUAAUGCCACUCCUGAUCUUGUUUUAUGCAGCCUAUUUAUACUAUCAGAGUACUGCCCGUGAAGCUAAGCGUUUGGAUUCCAUAACUAGAUCUCCUGUCUAUGCCCAAUUUGGAGAAGCAUUGAAUGGUCUGUCAACUAUCCGUGCAUAUAAAGCAUAUGAUAGAAUAGCCAACAUUAAUGGUAAAUCAAUGGACAACAAUGUUAGAUUUACACUUGUAAAUAUUGGUGCAAAUCGGUGGCUUGCUAUUCGUUUAGAGACAUUGGGAGGCAUAAUGAUCUGGUUUACAGCAACUUUUGCUGUUUUGCAAAACCAACGUUCAGAAAAUCAGAAGGCUUUUGCAUCAACGAUGGGUCUGCUCCUUACUUAUGCUUUAAAUAUUACCAACCUAUUGACUGCUGUCCUGCGACUUGCAAGUCUUGCUGAAAAUAGUUUAAAUGCUGUUGAGCGAGUUGGGACAUAUAUAGAUUUGCCUUCUGAGGCUCCUACUAUUAUUGAAAACAAUAGACCACCAUCAGGUUGGCCAUCAUCAGGAGCUAUAAAAUUUCAAGAUGUUGUUCUUAGGUACCGGCCAGAACUUCCUCCUGUCCUUCAUGGCAUAUCAUUCACAAUUGAAGCAAGUGAAAAGGUUGGAAUAGUUGGGAGGACUGGGGCUGGAAAAUCUAGCAUGCUUAAUGCUUUAUUUCGGAUGGUGGAGCUGGAAAGAGGAAAAAUAUUUAUUGAUGAUUAUGAUGUUUCAAAAUUUGGUCUUUGGGAUUUGCGUAAUGCCCUCGGGAUAAUACCACAAGUGCCUGUUCUAUUUUCAGGAACUGUCCGAUUUAAUCUGGACCCCUUCAGUGAGCACAGUGAUGCAGAUCUUUGGGAGGCCUUGGAGAGAGCACAUUUAAAAGAUGUCAUCCGGAGGAAUGCUUUGGGGCUUGAUGCUGAGGUUUCUGAGGCUGGGGAAAAUUUUAGUGUUGGUCAAAGACAACUGCUAAGUCUUGCUCGUGCAUUGCUGCGGAGAUCAAAAAUUCUUGUUCUUGAUGAAGCAACUGCAGCUGUAGAUGUUAGAACUGAUGCUCUUAUCCAAAAAACAAUCAGAGAAGAAUUCAAAUCUUGUACAAUGCUCAUUAUAGCCCACCGUUUGAAUACAAUCAUUGAUUGUGACCGUCUUCUUCUCCUUAGUUCUGGUCAGGUAUUGGAAUUUGACACUCCAGAGAAACUUUUACGGAACGGGGACGGUGCUUUCUCCAAGAUGGUUCAGAGUACUGGAGCUGCCAAUGCUCAAUACUUACAGGGUUUAGUAUUUACGGUUGCUGCGAACAGAUCUAGCAAGAAAGAGACCCAGGAGCAACAAGGUCAAAGGAGAUGGUUGGCUUCUUCUCGCUGGGCAGCUGCUGCCCAAUUUGCACUUGCAGUCAGCCUCACAUCUUCACAAAACAACCUUCAACAACUACAGAUUGAUGAUGAGAACAGCAUACUUAGAAGAACAAAGGAUGCUGUUAUCACACUCCAAAGUGUGCUGGAAGGGAAGCAUGAUAUUGAAAUUCAAGAGACAUUGGAUCACUGCGAGAUCCCCAAAGAUCGAUGGUGGUCUUCUCUCUACAAGAUGGUUGAAGGUCUUGCAGUGAUGAGUAGAUUGGCUCGUAACCGGCUUCAACAACCAGAUUAUACUUUUGAAGAAGGAUCACAUGAUUGGGACCAAUUGGAGAUGUAGGAUGUCCGAAGAGCCAUGUUUCUUAUUUGAAUCAUGGAGUGGUAAAUUACACGGGAAAGUUUGUAUGGCCAUGGCCAUUUUUCCUGUUGGUAUCUGACAUACAGGCAUAUUUGAAGACACUUGAUUGAUGUACCACUUGGCCUAUAGUUUGGUAGAAUGGUUACUCUCGGUUCUCUCAAUCAUGACUGUUGAGAAAUGCCGAUUGUAACUAUAAUAAAUGGAUAAUGAAUGUGCAUGAAUUAGUUUAAUGGUGAUCUUAUUCCCUAAAAGGUGAUAAUGCCUGUGUUACUGAUUCAUUUAAAGUGUGUCAGGGCAAAGAUUAUAGGGAUCAGCAGAGGAGAGGUGAUAUAAUUUUUCAGAAUGAAGUAAUUUAUCUUUUUCCGCUA